UCUUCACUUCAAUACCUAGUGGUAGGCCGUAAGACCCCUGAAUAUGUUCUAGCUUCCCCCCUGUCCCUUAAUUCACUGAAGACUACCUAAAAUAGUGGGGCAGCUUCAGGUCCACUACCUCUAUCGAUAGCUCAACUUCACAUACCUAACCCAAGCUCUUGUUACCCUUCUGCCCUUCUACAUAUUCUUCUUGUCCUCAAUCCUACCUAAACGAACGCACGCACACCAGCGCAUAGCCGGCAGCAAAUGUAGCAAUGGCGACCACGAUACCUUCGAUAGCCUGUCUUGGAGUCAUAGGGCGAAACAACAACCCCCUCCACAUAACCAUCUUCCCCUCCUACGACCCCGCGAGCAACACCCGCGCCCCGCUACGCACCCCCCUGCAGUUCUCCCUCCUUCUCAGCAGCACCCUCGACAUCUUCGACACGCGCGCGCGCCGCGCCGCCACCACCGCCCCUAACACUUCUACUGCUGCAACAGCAACAGCAGCCGGCAGCGCACCCCUGCUCACGGGCGAUUUCGGCCUCCUGCACGCCGUCGACGAGCGCCUGGCCGCGUACGGUUUCGAGACGAACACGGGGGUGAAGUUCGUCGCUGUGGUGGACAUGCGGGGACGCUACAGCGGUGGCCUUGGUCCCGCCGGUUCUGCUCCCGGAGGAGCAGGGGGAGGGGUCGCGGGGAUGCGAGGCGGCGUCGGACUCAGGGAGACGGAGCUGCGCGUCGUGUUCCGCGCCAUGCAGACGGCGUACGUGCGGCUGCUGCAGAACCCGUUCUACGACCCGGACGAGCACGCGCCGCUCGCGGGACCAGGAGGAGGAGGAGGUGGUGGUGGUGGUGGUGUCGGCGGGAAGAGGAUUACGAGUCACAAGUUUGCCGAGGAGAUGAGGAGGAUUGGGGAGGGGUGGGCGCCUGGGGUGACGAAUUUAUAGGUAGUUGGUUGCGUGAUGAAGAAGAAGAAGAAAGAAGAGGAGAAGGAGGAAGAAGGGGGGAGGAGGAGGAGGAUAUAUACGAGACGAGUCUCGGUUUGGGACAACUUGGCUGUUCAAAAUGAGUACCUAAGAUUAGGUACCUAACCUAAUGCAUAUGAAAAAAGGCGUUAUG